GAAAUUUUCAGGGCAAAACUAAAAAGAAAACAACCAUUUUCCAAAAGCGACAAUGCAAUUCGAAAUUCCCAAACAAAGCAAUCCAAAUUCCAAAGCCCCCUUUUCACCUUCCAGUAAACCCUCUGCAAUUUUUGUUGUGGAUGCUAAUGGUAGCCCACAUCUUCAAUCUCUCUCUCUCUCUCUCUCUCUGUUUGGGGCCUAUAUUACAAGUUCGGUACCUGCUCAAGUUUUUGAUAGCAGCGAAAAGCUUUAACUAACCACUCCCAGAACUCUUCCUUCCACUUCGUCUUCUUCCUAAUUAAACUGCCAUGAGCUACAAAACUAGCUAUACCCAAAUGGGAAAAUUCCUCUGAAACUGUACGGUUAUAAUAUGGGUGAAGAAGGCUAUGGAUGGUCCCCAAUUGGGGCUCCUCUAGAAGUCCAGAGAGAGGACCACUGGAGGCAUUUCGACAACUCCGUUGAUGCAGUCUCUUUUGGGUUUGUUGCUACUGCCAUUCUCGUCUCAAUGUUCUUGCUCAUGGCCAUCUUUGAAAGGUUUCUGCGACCCGCUCCCUCAGCUUUCUCUCACGCCGGCGGUCCGACCCAACUUGACCCCGAGGCUCAGAUGGGGUUUGCUGGAAAGCCUGCUCACCCAUCACCCAAAAUGACUGUGUAUUCCUGUGGAGUUUCAGUGCUAAUGCCUGGAGAUCAUAUUCCUACAUACAUUGCCCGCCCGGCACCCGUCCCAUGUCCCCCCGAACGCAUCCCAUGGCCACAACAUCAACACAAUGACAUAUCCAAUGCCACCACAAGUUCCCAUUUCACUGAAAACUCAGGUUCCUGAUGAAAUCAAAGAAAACCAAAGAUGGAAAAGAGGUCUGUUCCGUAACAAAUCUGCGUUACGAUUGAUUCAAGCAAAACUAAUCUCCAAAACCCAGUAGUCAGAAAGGUACCGUAGUUGAGGCUGUUUUUUCCCCCAUUUCCAGAGGUUCUUAUUCUGUACAUACGCUCACCUCACGGCCCACCUUGCUUUACCUCAUCCGACUACAUUGCCUUCUUCAAGAUAGCAAGUUUUACAUUUUUAUGCCUUCCACAAGGUUAAGCUUUUCUCUCUCUUUUGGCUCUUCAGAUUUGGCUUGAAGCCUCAGCAAUCAUAUAGAAAUUUCUGUUUGUGAGGAAUUGUGCAAUGGUAAAUGGUACCCACGUGUAGGCGAA